UCAUCAGAACAUAGAUUCCUUGAGGCGUAAUUCAAUAAUAUAUAUAUGUAAUAUGUAACUUGUUACAUUUCACUUGAGUAACUCCAUAUCCAACGACCUUCUCUUAAAAAAUGGGUUCUGAAACUCCUCUCCUUCCUCUUCAUCUCCCGGUCAUCGAUUUCUCAAACCAAAACCUGAAACCAGGAGAGCCCCAAUGGGACUUAACCAAAGCUGAUGUCUAUAAAGCUCUUCAAGACUACGGCUGUUUCGAGGCUUCUUUCGAUAAAGUUCCUAUCGAGUUACGAAAAUCUAUUUUCAAGGCCUUGGAAGAGCUUUUCGACUUACCUUUACAGACCAAAUUGAGAAACGUCUCCAAGAAACCUUUCCAUGGAUACGUUGGUCAAUACCCAAUGGUGCCACUGUACGAGAGCAUGGGCAUUGAUGACUCUGAUGUUGUAGACAAAGUUGAAGCCUUUACUGAAAAGCUAUGGCCUCAAGGCAACAACAGCUUCAGCGCAACGAUCCAUUCGUUUUCAAAGAAGUUAUCAGAGCUAGACAUAACUAUAAGAAGAAUGAUCAUGGAGAGCUUUGGACUCGUGAAGUACAUCGAUGAACAUCUUCAGUCAACGAACUACCUCCUUCGAGUUAUGAAGUACACAGGACCUGAUACAGAAGAGACCAAACUAGGGCUAAACGCUCAUACCGACAAAAACAUUGUCACUAUACUUUACCAAAACCAUGUUGAAGGUCUUGAGGUGCAGACCAAAGACAAGAACUGGAUCAAUGUGAAGCCAUCAGAAGACUCUUUCAUCGUCAUGAUAGGAGAUUCUCUCCAUGCAUUGCUGAAUGGUCGAUUACACUCUCCAUAUCACCGUGUCAUGAUGACUGGAACAGAGACGAGAUACUCCCUCGGGCUGUUCUCGAUUCCGAAAGCAGGACAUAUAGUGAGUUCACCAGAUGAGCUCGUGGACGAAGAGCAUCCUCGACUCUUUAAGCCCUUUGAUCAUGUUGAAUUCCUUAAAUUCUACUACACAGAAGCUGGACAAAGAUCUCAAUCUGCUCUCAAAACUUACUGUGGAAUGUAAAGACAAUAAAACCUCUCUUGUUUGCUUGCUUCCAGAACGUCCUUUUACAUCAAUAAAGUAUUUUCAUUUGACUA